AUGAAACUCUUCACAUCAUCAUCGUCACCUUCAUCUUCAUCAACUUUUAGUUUCGACCCGACAUUUUGCAGCUCGAAAACUAUAGCUGUAGGGUGUUUUGCAACCAUUUUUCAUAGGAUUAGGGAGUUUCAUUCAAAGUUCACUAGUGAAAAAGUUCAAAAGUUCAAAACUAACACUACAAUUAAUAGUACUAUAGCUUCUUCUUCUUCGUCGUCGUCGUCUUCUUCGGGUAUAGUUGCAAGGUUGAUGGGUUUGGAUUCAAUGGCAGAAUCUGAAUCAACACAAAGUUCAAAAGCUCACUAUGUGUCACAAGGUUUUCAAUUGCUUGAAAAUGAGAACUUUUUGGUGUUUAGCUUUGAGAGUGGAGGUGAGAGUAGAAAAUUGAAGUCAAAAGGGAGAAGAAAAGAGAAGGGUUGUGUUGAUUUGAAGAAGAGAAGAGAAGAGAGAAAUGAGGUGAAGAAAAACAAGAGAGAAAUGGUGAAUGAUGGUGAAGUUCAGUUUGAGAAUAGUUUGUUUAAGGAAGUUGGUAAUGGUGAGAAAGUGAAGAAGAGAAAGAAAGGAAAAACAUGUUUUGUGGAAAAUAAGGUUGAAAGUGAAUGUGGUUCAGAAGAUUCUAGUCCUGUUUCUGUGUUUGAUUUUGAACGUGAUGUUUCUGGAACAGAGGAAGAUCUUUGUGAUGUUGCUAUAGGUUGGAGAAGAAAAUUAUCACCGGUGCUUGAAAAUGACCAGCUCUAUAUUCAACAUUGUGAUAGUAACUUGAUGAAUGAAGAAGAGAUGGAAGUUGAGGAAAUUGAGAACAACAUGCAUGAAGGAUCAAAGAAAAAAGAGAGACAAAAGUCACAAAACAAUGAGUGUGUAGAUAUUUGGAGUAAAAUUUGUAGGCUAGUUGAAGAUGAAUUACCGGAUGUGAAGAGGAAGCAAAGUGAUUUUGAAAGUUUAAGUGCUGAUUUAGAGUCAGAGAUUUUAGAUGAUAUGUUAGAUGAGCUUAUAGAUCAGUUUGUUACUUCUUGUUUGUAA